UUAAUUCCGAGAGGACGAACCGAGGUUAGUUCAUCCGUAUCUGCGGUUUUCCUGCGGACUGGAGCCAUGGUGUACCACUCUCUCGCCCUGCCGAUGAUCUGCUUCACCACGCUAUGGGGGCUGGUGGGGGUCGUGGCCCCGUUUUUAGUGCCCAAAGGACCCAACCGGGGUGUGAUUGUCACCAGUCUCAUCCUCACAGCGGUCUGCUGCUACCUGUUUUGGUUGAUAGCCAUUCUGGCCCAGGCCAACCCCCUGUUUGGCCCUCAGCUGAAGAACGAAACUAUAUGGUAUCUGCGCUACUUCUGGGAGUAAACAAGGACUGUGUGAUGCGACGGCUCUCAUCAUUCCUAUCCCCUGGUUUUGCUGGACUUAAUUUCAACGUGACUCCCAACCAUUUAAACCCCCACCCCCACACACACACACCUCCGAUCAAUGGAAGUCAAUGGUCAGCGUCAGUUUUCUUUGCAAGGAAUAUGAAGGAUAAUGUACAAUAUUCUGAAUUUUAAGAUUUAGAGGUUGUUAGGACACGUGUUGUGUGUUUUAAAACAAGAAGGACACACUCAAAUAGUGAAUUACAAGAGUUUGAUUUGUGAGCAAAUUGAAAGGGAAGAAAGCUUUGACUGUUUUAAUCUGUUAAUGAUAAGAAUGAUCACCAGUGAAUCCAUGACAUGAUCUGUUAGGAGUAGAUAUUAAUCUUCCAUCUCUGAGAUGUGCAAUCCUUAAGUACUUUAGUUUACUCUGUGUUUGUUUACAUUUUUGGUUUUGUGUUGCUGCCAUCAGGGAACAUGAAUUUCUGAGUGUUUGUAUUUAUUUUGGCCUGCGGACACUGAUGUAAGCUCACUGUAAUUACCUCGGUGUCCGCACAGUCUUGUUAUAUAACUUUUAUUAUCUGUGAUGUAAUAGUAUUGUGUGCGUGCGUGUGUGUGUGCUUGUGCGUGUGCAUGUGUGUGAGAGUGUGUGUGAAGAGUUCAUUACUUUGAGUGCUUGGACCGCGGCCAUGAGAAUCUCCCAAAACUGUAAAAAGUGAAAGAGCGAUUCCCCCCGCUUUGGACCACUUCAGCACGACGCUCCCUCCCACAUUCCCCUCAUGCUCGACACGGCGGUGGUCCCCGUUGCCAUGGUGAUCUCUUUGCCCAUUUCAGUCCCGCGCCACUCGACCCCUUUUGAUAAAACCCUCCCCGCUCUCGUGUGUAGUAGUACAGAUGUGCUGUAGGUUUUACUGUAGGGACACUUUUUUUGGAGCGAGGCUGCUGGUAGCUGCUGCUAGAUUUGGUGCCAAUGUCCAGGAUUGAAACGUUUCGUACCCCAUUUCAGGUCCGUUACACACACACACACACACACACACACACACACCCAGCGUCAGCCUUUCAAACAGCAGUUACAUCAAGAAUUCCUCAUUUAAAACUUGGCCUAAUGAAUUCAUUUGGGGGGUUGCAGCUCUUCAAGGCACAGUGACCCCCUCACAUCUUUUCAGCAGCAGAGAAGCAGAGCAAAGCAAGAGCAGCGCUUGAAUUCAUUAAUUUACCAGAACGACAAAAGCGACGACAUUAACAAGUACAUUUAACAAAAAAAAAAAAAAAGAUGUUUCGUUGCACAUUUUAAAGUCAUCUUCAUUGGCUUUAAUCUGUUAGAAACUCCCAUCAUAUCAGCGGUGGACGCCUCUGACUGGCUGAUGAUGGAUGUUCAAUCAAACGCCAGCAAUGCCCUUGUAUAUCAGAUCACAGUGCAGUAAACCCUAGUUUGUAAUUUGAUGUUCAUAAAGCUGCAUAAUUAAGUGUUUUCUGCAGUUAGAAAGUUCUGGGUUUUCAAAAGACAUUUGGUUUAAUUUACUGUAGAAACCAAGUUGCCGGAAAUAAUCAAAAUGAUGUCUUCAAAAAAAAUCCCCCAAUAUUGUUAGUGAAUUAACUUAAAACAGGACUAGUCGUUGUGAUUAAUAGCACGUAUAUACAGUAAUGGCACAGGUACGGUGUGUGCCAACCGUGCUGUACUAACUGUGCCGCCCUGUGUGCAUAUGUUGGUCUGUACACAUGCGUUGGCGUAUGGAGGAACGUUACCGUGUGUUUACACUACCACCAACCGGAGGAGUCAGCUGCCAGAGGUCCGGGGGUCAAGGUCAUCUCUGGUGACUGCAGUCUCCUCUGUCAGCGCAGCGUAACGCUCGCAUCUCUUUCCCGGCGCUGCGGCGAGGGGGCUCAGCUGGCCCCAAAUUAGCCGCGCGGUUUUGUGCUUUGGUGGCGUUCUGGACGUAUAGUCAACUCACAGAUAGUGUCUUGAGAGCUUGAAGUUUUUGAUGUGGGUCAUGAUAGUGCGGGGGAGGACACUGGCAGCGCAGCUCUUGGGUACGAAUGUACACCCGCGUCGCAGCACAUAUUAUGUUCCCUCCCCUCCGCCACUGGUCAGGCUUACCUAGCUAGCCUCGUCUUUUGCUUUUUUUUUGUUGUUUUUUAAAAGAAAAAACAUUUGCCUUGAAUAAGAUGCAGGUGUUGACACACCUGCCUCCUCCUGAUGCUUUAAGAGUCAGCCAUUACCACAACUACAUUUCCCUCCUCCCACUCCCCAUCUCCAGCCCCGACUACCCCUUUUCUUCCUCCCUCCCUCCUUCCUCGACGCUGUCCCUCCCCUCCCUUCUCUCUAAAACCACUUUGCUUCAGCCAAAAAAAAAAACAAAAACAAAAAAAACAAAAACAAAAAAAAAACAAAAACAAAAUCAAUAUACAGCUACUUUUUAGAAAGACCAAAUUGCGUUGUAUCUUUUCCUCCAGCCCUCUCCGGUAGUCGUGGUGGUGGCAGGCAUCUAGACGUGGAUACACAGCAGUGUAUACAACAGUGCGCCGUACAGUCUAUUACAUAGGUGGGGACCCACAUCAAAUAGGCCGUGAUCACAUCUGAUCGUACCAGAAAAAGUAGACUUCCCCUGCCAGGAAAGCCGACUUUGUGGCAUGCCGGUGUUUAUUUUCACUCUGCCCAAUUCCAAGUGAACCGGAGCUUGUAAACAAAAGUCACAUGGUCUCACAAGUAGCUCCUUUGUUGGAAGGAGCUUUGGUAACAUGUCAAGCCGCUAGGUUCGAAAGGUUUGUGUUGGUGGAGGUUCAAAACAAAUCUGAUACCAGGUCCUGCGUUCAGGGCUCUGGUGUUCGUACUGAGCUGAGAGCACACGGAGAAAAAGUCCAGGAUGAGCUUCAGUCCACACUGUGGUCUGCCCUCAUUUCAUUUUCUCCUGUCAGGCUUUCCAAACCAUUAACUGCCGCCUAUCGGAUGUACCCACAAACUCUUGUGUUUUUGGGUUUGCAUCCUGUAUUCAAUUUGUAUUACAUUAGCCAUCCCACUCACAAGCAAACAGGCUGCAAUUAGCCCCCAAAAGGACAUAAUCACAUUUUCAGUCUCAGUGAAUCAUCGGACGGCACUGGACCAAACAAACUAGACUACAGCAGCGAACGGUCCAGACUUCAGAUCAACCCUGUCCAACACUGCUGGCUGUGAAGCCACCCCAAAAAUAAGUCAAAUUCUCGGUUUUCUUUUCCUUUUCUGAUGAAUCAGUGCAGUUCUUUCGACAACUGGCUGCUGUUAAUCUGUUAAAUAUUCCUGGCAACAUAGAUGGAGAUAAAGAUAGAUACUUUUUUUUGUGUGUGUGUGUGUGUUAAGAGUCACCAUGGUAACAAAAAUCUGCUAAAAUCACAGAUCUAACCGUUGGUGGGGAUGAGUUCCUAUAUGUGACCUUGUAUUAGUGUGAAGUGCUUCUGUGCGAGUGGCAUCGUAUGUGAA